AUGGAUAAAUACGUGACUGGGUUGAAAAGAAAAUUUAAUGAAGCAGAAGAAGAGGGUGGUGAAAAUAAUGGAAAUGUUUCUUCACAAAAUAGUAAAACUAAACAUAGAAAAUAUGAUCCAAUGUACUUAUCAUUGGGAUUUACGUAUAAGAUCAUUAAUGGUCAAGAACGACCAAUGUGUUUGCUGUGUAUGAAUACUUUGGCCUCAGAUAGCAUGAAACCAAGUAAAUUAAAACGACAUCUGGAAAAAGUGCACGCCGAUCAUGUUGGCAAAACAAAAGAAUUUUUCCAAAGAAAAUUAGAUAACUUAAAUAAACAGAAAGAAUCGUUUUCAAAAGCUUUGUCUGUAUCACAAAAAGCGUUACUUGCGUCAUACAAAGUUUCGUAUAGAAUUGCUAAAUGCAAAAAACCCCAUUCAAUAGGAGAAACUUUAGUACUACCAGCAGCUAUUGACAUAAUAGCUACGAUGUUUGGUGAAUCAUAUGCUGAUCAAAUUAAAAGCAUUCCGCUGGCAGAUAAUACGGUGGGAAGACGAAUAUCAGAUAUAUCUGAUGAUCUUUGCGAUCAGUUGAUAGAAAAAAUUAAAUUAUCUUCUUUCGCGUUGCAAGUAGAUGAGGCUACCGAUGUUGCUAAGGAUGCACACUUAAUAACAUAUAUAAGAUAUGUUAUGGAAAAUGAUAUUAGAGAAGAGUUGUUAUUCUGUAAGGCAAUUGAAGGCAAAGCUACGGCGAGUGAAAUUUUUAAUAUGAUUGAUAACUUUUUUAUUGAAAAUGGUAUUUUAUGGGAGAACUGUGUUGGACUGUGCACUGAUGGAGCUCCAUCUAUGGCAGGAAAAAAUGCUGGUCUGCAGGCCCUAGUUCGAAAAGUGGCUCCUCGUGCAGUUUGGACGCAUUGUAUGAUUCAUAGGCAAUCUCUUGUUGCAAGAAAUAUGGGUGAAGAAUUACUUGAAGUAUUUGAAAUUAUAAUAAAAGUUGUUAAUUUUAUCAAAAAUAGUCCAUUAAGAGAAAGGCUUUUUGGAAAAUUGUGUGAUGACAUGGGCUCAGAAUACAAAGCACUACUUUUGUGA